AUGUUAAAACUAGAAAAUGCCUUUUCGGGAAAGCUAGAUGGAAAGAUCAAAGGAACUGCAGAGCAGGCUGUUAUUAACAUCAUCAGCACUGACACAACAGUCACAGCAAAAACGACCUUCGCUGUUAUAAAUAUAACGCAGCAAAAAGGAUGCACCAGUCAGACCUCUGGAGGAUGUUUUGAUAAUCUUUUUGCACAGAUCGAGAACAUUACAGCUCAAGUUCUUCCUUUGGAUACUGUGACCAACAUUUUGUCUAUGGCCUUCAACACAUCAGAGAACAUUUUAGAAACAUCAUCAUCAUCAUCGUCAUCAUCAUCACCAUCAUCAUCACCAUCAUCAUCAGCCAACCAAGUUAAACUUGCCUCCUUUGGAAACCGUGUGUUAAAAACCAGUGAGAAACUAAUUUCUACAUUAGUGAAGCCGACAGACACAAGUGACAAUGUCAGUUUUGUUCUUCCCACUGUAGAGGGUCAAGUCUUCAUGGUUGGACCUCAGGUCACCUUAGAUAAAAUCCCUCGACUCGACACAACAAAUUCUUCUGUGGACAUCGAUCUCAUAGGGAUCGCCAAGAACAACAAUGAAACAACUGCUGUGGCUUUCAUGAGCUACAACACAAUGGAGAAUCUAUUGAAGCCAGACUUCUUCAACACAUCCAGUGACACAAAUAAAACCAUGAUGUCCACUGUGAUCUCAGCUACUCUUCCCAAAACGACCAACACUAAGCUAACUAAACCAGUCAACUUCACCCUCAAACACAUCAGAGAGUUUGAUCCCAACGGUUCUCUUUUCUGUGUGUACUGGAAUAUCAGCGAGUGGAUUGUAGAUGGUUGUUUUGUUUUAAAGUCCAACAGCAGCCACACUGUGUGUUCCUGUGAUCAUCUGUCCACAUUCGCUCUCAUCAUGCAAACCAGCCGUCAGUCAGAGAGCGACUCACUAAUGGAGCUGUUGAAUUUGGUGUGUGUGACCGUGGGGCUGGUGUUCUUCACUUUGGCCCUGUUGACCUUUGCCCUCUGUCAAUGGAGUCCUGGAGUGAAUAAUGUGGCUCGAAUCAACAUCUGCAUCAGUCUUCUGUUGGCUCACCUUCUGUUUCUGCUCACACAGCGGUUCCUGAGCCUCAUACAGCCUCUGCAGGUGCUGUGUGCCGUGAUCUCAGGACUUCUGCACUUCCUCUUUCUCUCCGGCUUUGUGUGGAUGUUCAUUGAAGCUUUCCUGCUCUUCAUCUGUGUAAAGAACCUAUCACAGAUCAGCUCCAAAAAGAGGGAGGUUCUUAGCAGUGGAUUCCUGUGUGUGAUUGGAUAUCUGGUUGCUCUGGUUGUGGUGUGUGUGUCUGUCGGUCUGGUUCCUGAAGGCUACGGCAGCAAAGACUGCUGGAUUAAAAAGGAAAAAGGUUUUAUCUGGAGUUUUCUGGGUCCUGUUUGGGUCAUACUAGCAAUGAACACAAUCCUCUUCAUCAGAGUCAUCUUCACUCUGAGCUCAACUCUCAGAAGUCUAAAUGCUGAAGUUUCACAGAUGAAACAAACAAAGAUCAUGGUGUUUAAAACACUGGCUCAGUGUGUGAUUCUUGGUUGCUCCUGGAUUCUGGGUUUCUUCACUAAUGGCAGUAAGGUGCUGGAGAUCCUCUUCCUGAUCUUGAACUCCCAGCAGGGAACCUUCAUCUUCCUGAUCCAUUGUGUCUUGAAUAAUGAGGUCAGGCAGCAGUACAGGAAGUUCUUCAGAUGUCUUUGCAGUGGACGCAAACAACAGUCAGGCAGCAGUACAGGAAGUUCUUCAGAUGUCUUUGCAGUGGACGCAAACAACAGUGAGGACUACAGAACCAUGUUCUUAGUGUCAGGCAGCAGUACAGGAAGUUCUUCAGAUGUCUUUGCAGUGGACGCAAACAACAGUGAGGACUACAGAACCAUGUUCUUAGUGUAA